CACUGCUGAACACCCCAGUUGUCCAAUACCUAGCCUUGAUGGCGUCGUUGCGGGUCUGCCAGGAACUCCCUACGGCACAUGGUGCUGCUGGCCAUACGAACUUCCCAGACACCAACUUGAUCCGCGUCGCAAAGCACCUGACGCACCACCGUCCCAGCGAGCAGCGUCCAGAUCUUGUCGCACAACCGCGCUCCGUACCGAGAGAGCUACAUGUACGCUUUGUGGCAGCGCAUUGCCAUGCCGCGACAUUGAUCGAGCUCCGGCCAAGAGCUGCCUGCUGCGUCUGCCCAGCCUUUGAUUGCCAACCGAUGCGCCCCCCUGGCCCGUUGCUCGAUACCACGUCCUGCAUCAGGCCGCCCGCUUGACAAGUUGCGCCGCCUCGGUAUGGAGGAAGGCACACCUACGGGUCAGCCGGACGAUCCUCCCGUACCCUCCGCGUCCACCUCCCACCGACGCGCUCCAUCGGGCUCAAGCCUGCUCUCGAGGCUUCCUUUUUUACGGCCGGCCAGCGACACGAAGCCGCCCCACGAGACUGACGAUGAAGGUGCGGCUGCCAUUUCGGCUCCCGCCGUCGCAGCCGCGGCACAGCAGCACAAGACGCGACGACGCAGGGGAUCCCUUAGAAAGGUGGCACUGCUCGGGAGGGGUGCACAACGUGAGCGCAGAGACAGCAGGGCUUUGAUCAUCGAUACCUCACAUGGCUCCGACUUGGACCCAGAUUCAUCAGGGUCCCCGUCAAUUCACGCCAUGAACGAUCACGACGCCCUUGGUCUCACGUUUGCCAGCCUUUCUCAGCGUCCGUUGGUCGACGAGCCGUCUUCCCAACCGAGCACGGCCAAGACGACCGCGGCGACCGGCCCGACAACUGCCUCGGCAGCGUCCCAUAAGGACCGCGACGGGGAACGAUCGAAUGCAUAUACAUCGACAACAGACGAGGAGGACGGCUUGCAGAUAGCAGGCACGUCAUUGCCGCUCCGAACCGGCAUGUCCAUGUCGUCCGGCUCAGAAUCACACUUUGGCGGCGGCCGAGGAGGCACAGCCAACAGACGGCGGUCCUUCCAGCAGGCUAAAUCGCCCUUGUCGUACAGCGGCAUUUCGACGAACGCGAUCCCGCCGGCCGACUCGGACUGGGACUAUGCAGAGACGGAGUGGUGGGGAUGGGUUGUCCUCACAGUCACUUGGUUCGUCUUCGUCAUCGGCAUGGGCUCCUGUCUUGAGGUCUGGAAAUGGGCAUGGGACGUGGGGAAGACGCCGUACGCGCCGCCGGAGCUAGAAGACGACGAAACGUUGCCCAUAAUAGGAUACUACCCGGCCCUCAUCAUCCUGACGGGCGUCAUGGCUUGGGUCUGGGUCGUGGUGGCGUGGGUUGGGAUGAAGUACUUUCGCCACGCCAAGAUUAGUGGCGAUUGAGACUCUGAUAUUGUGGUCAGCGACUAACAUGACUUGCUUUGCAUCAAGCUCGAACACGAUGUGCAAUUUGGACCUCCCGCUUUGCCUUGGCUCGGGCGCAGCAUGUUUGCACAGCGAGUAGUAUUAGCCGUGCUGCGGAGCCAUAUCUCAUCUUAGAAUUCUUGCGUGCAAUAAUCUCGAGCAGAGACACGCGUGGGAGAAAGCAAGUCCCGCGCUGCACCAUACUGUACUUUACAGUCUUUACUGCACUGCACGUGCGGUAAAUAGCAGGCAGGGUAGUGGUCACGUCAGUAUACGAUGAAGCAGCGCGCACAGUCAAUUCCGAG